AUGUUUACAUACUGUUUAACUGUAAUUGGAAUUUCAAUUAUUACUGCUUUGAUUGGUGAAGGUUUUUUAUGGUUUAUGAUUUAUCGUACUGAUAGGUACAAAUCACUUCAUAAUUUAAUUGAAAAACAAGCUAAAAUGAUUGAAAAAAGAAAAGAGUCAACUAUUGAUGUUUCAGAAAAAAAUAAAAAACGUUUAGAGAAAGAAAACGAAAAAUUAAAACAGAUUAAUAAAGAUUUAACAAUGUACAAGAUGAAAUCAAUGAUUGGUGUUGGCCUUAUUUUUACAGGAUUUUUAAGUAUUUUUAAUAAUUAUUUUAAUGGUAUUAUUGUUGCAAAACUUCCAUUUGUCCCAUUUUCGCUUAUUCAAGGUAUUUCACAUAGAAAUAUAAAUGAUGAUGAUUUAACUAGUUGUUCAUUUAUCUUUUUAUACAUUUUAUGUACAAUGUCAAUUAGGCAAAAUAUUCAAAAAAUGUUUGGACAUCAACUUUCUAGAACAGCAACAAAAUUAACACAAGGUGCAGGUCUUUUAGCUGAACCCCCAAAAUAA